GGAGCAAACCCAGCGCUCUAACCUCCAAAAAGAAAUUGGGAUUAAAGUUUUCACCCCUCACGUGUCGCGCCAAUUUGAAUGUUCCGGGGCAUUCGCACUCGAUCGAUUGAUUCUAUUGAUUUUUACGGAGGUAGAUGAGAUAAAAUAGUCGAAAUAAAUUGGAUAAAGUAUAUGGAAUAAAUUGGAUGAAAUAGAUUAAAGGGAAUCAAGUCAGAUAAACGGAACCAAUAAACUUGAGUAAAAUUAAUCAGUGCUGAAGUGAACAGAUUAAUCGUGUUGUGCAUCAGUUGAACAUUAAUUCCUCAUCUCGAGGCGGGAAAAAAAAAACCAAUUGCGGCUUUUUCAGUACAACCCACCCGGUCACAUUUAUGGGGGUGGUAGGCGGAGAGUGCGCCGUCAAAGGUACCGGCGGCAAAAGCCAUUCCUGUCACUGCUGCAGUCGUGUAACAAGUGACGUUGGACCGAGCGUUUUAUUAUCACAACAUAAUCGAGGAAAUUAUCGUGUUGAUAAGGAGGGCUUCGAGGGGGAUUUACCGAGUCCAAGUGGCAAAAACACCGGGGGUGACAGUCAUAUUCUGGCGCCGUUGAGGAGCAAGAUGAGGGUGCUGAAGAAGUUGAAGAAGAAAAUGGGAUUAGCACCAAGAUCAUCGAGCGCAGGCACAAACAACCUGCCUCCCCUGACAUUUCACCAUCAAGUGCACGGGGAUAACAUCACCCUGUGCAAUGGUGGCACUAUAGCGAGGAGACACGAGAGUUUCUGCAAAGGAAUAACGUUCAGCACUCGGCCUGUUCGCAUCGGUGAAAAGGUCUGUGUAAAGUUCCUGGAAAUGUCCAACAACUGGUCCGGAGUGAUAAGGUUUGGCUUCACAAGCAACGACCCAAUUCACUUGCGAAAUGGUCUUCCAAAAUUCGCAUGUCCCGAUUUAACGAACAAACCCGGCUACUGGGCAAAAGCCCUUGCCGAGAGAUUUGCCGCCCACGACACAGUUCUAUUCUACUACGUAACAUCAGCCGGUGACGUGCAUUUCGGUGUUAAUGGUGAGGAAAAAGGUGUUUUCUUCGGUGGUGUGGAGACACGUGGACCCCUGUGGGCUGUUAUCGAUGUUUAUGGCAACAGUACAGCCAUUGAGCUUGUGGAUCCCAACAGACAGCACUUCAACAACAUUCGCAGAGGGGCUGAACACAGUAAUGAGGAUAAUGCACAGCCCAGCAGGCACACUGCCAUGGAUGAUGCCAGCAAUGCCGGAAGGGAUGUUGUCGAGAGAAUUAUUGUACCGUCAAUGCAGAAUGUCUGUAUACACCAUGAGCCUGAUGUCGAGCUGCCUGGACUCAGGUUUCAACCGCCUGGUGUACUUUUCGCACCUCUACCCUUUCAUCCUGUUCGUGGCCGGAACAUAAGAUUCAGCAACCAGCAGUGCGUGGCAACGCGUUCUGACACAGAAUUCUGUCACGGUUAUGCCUUCACCAGCCGGCCCCUGCUCCUGGGUGAGCGCCUAGUCGUCCAGGUGUUGUCCACCGAGCCGAUGUACGUGGGCGCUCUAGCCCUGGGUUUGACCUCCUGCGACCCAUCCCGCCUGAGCCCGGAGGACCUGCCCGACGACAGCGAUCUCCUCCUGGACCGUCCCGAGUACUGGGUGGUGUCGAAGGACGUCGCCAGCAGUCCCCAACCAGGCGACGAGAUCGCCUUCACCGUCACCCACUACGGAGAGGUCCAGAUGAGCAAGAAUGGAGGCCCCCCCAAUGUAGUGAUGCACGUGGACGAGAGCCUCCAGUUGUGGGCGUUUGUGGACGUCUAUGGGAGCACCCAGAGGGUGCGAAUGCUGGCGAGUCGUCCAACGUCACCCCCUAGACAACGGCAGAUCGUUAAUUCAACUCCAGCCCCUGUGCAACAGCAAUCCAAUCACUCAAAUGCUGCCACUGAGCUGUCCAGGUUCUCGGAAAUGGUGCAGUUUAAACCCACUGUUGGAGGUGGUACUGUUCUCGUUGUUAAUCUUCCACCACAGCCUGGGUAUCCACCGGCCACUCCUCAGCCUAUUUAUGGAACAACUGGGGUCAGGAACUCACCCAGUUUUCACUCACCAGCACCCUCGGCAGCGCCAGUUCCAGCAGUUGAUACUGCAGUUGCUUCUCCCGUCUCCCAUCAUCCUGGAAGGCAGAGCACGUCUCCACCACUGCUCACAGGCACCAUGAGCAGCACCGGCUCCUCGACGUACGUCGACCCAGUGAAUUACCAGAGCAUUGACACCUCGACUCUCUCAUCGUCUCAGUCCUCUCAUCUUCAACAGUGGAGUGAGAGGCUUCAGCCCACCCCUGGACAGCCCAGCGAGUGCUCAAUCUGCUACGAGAGGAACAUCGACAGUGUCCUCUACAUGUGUGGGCACAUGUGCAUGUGCUAUCCUUGCGCCAUUCAGCAGUGGAGGGGCAAAGGGGGAGGACACUGUCCUCUCUGUCGUGCACCCAUCAGGGAUGUCAUCAGAACCUACAGAUCUUGAAGAACUGGGGAAUUUCUCUGAGAAUGUCUGAUGGUGUCUGGUGGAAUUCUUUUCUCAAGGCUUUUUCGCGCCGGCGCG